AAACCCAAAAUACAUAUCGUCGUCCUCGUCGUCGUCAUCGUCGUCGUCCACUGAAUUAUAUUCCCACCCUGUCACUUCACUGAAGCACUUCACACGUAUCUCAAGCUCCAUUCCUAACUAAUGGCUCAAGCUAUGGCAUCCUCAAUGGCUGGCCUGCGUUCUUCCUCUCAGCCUGUGUUCGAAGGUAGCUCCCGCUUGAACGCCUCCGGCAACGGAAGGACUGUCUCAUUGGGCCGUCAAGGGCUCGUCGUCAGAGCCCUGCAGGACCAAUCCGAAGCCAGUCGCCGUGUCGUGCUCGGACUCGUCGCCGCCGGUCUGUCCGCCGGGUCCUUUGUCCAGGCCGUCCUUGCCGAUGCUAAGCCCAUCAAAGUUGGCCCUCCCCCGCCGCCGUCUGGUGGCCUGCCUGGGACACUGAACUCAGAUCAGCCAAGGGAUCUGCUGCUGCCAUUGAAGGACAGGUUCUUCCUGCAGCCAUUGGGGCCGAGCGAGGCGGCGCAGAGGGCGAAGGAAUCGGCGAAGGACAUAGUGAAUGUGAAGGGACUGAUCGAGAAGAAGGCAUGGCCUUACGUUCAGAACGAUCUGCGUUUGAAGGCAGAGUACCUACGCUUUGAUCUCAACACUGUCAUCUCUGCUAAGCCAAAGGACCAGAAGAAGUCCCUCCAGGAACUCACUGGCAAGCUCUUCCAGACCAUCAGCAAUUUGGAUCAUGCUGCGAAGAUUAAGAGCACACCAGAGGCAGAAAAGUGCUAUGCAGAGACAGUCUCUACUCUGAAUGAUGUUUUAGCCAAGCUUGGUUAAUAUAAUAAUAAAAUAAAAUUCCAAGCCUCUUUUUCUUCUUCUUGUGUAAGAUUAAUUUGUGUAUGCUUGUCUCGGACUGUGUUCUGUUGGAUGCUAUUUCAAGAAAAUCAGACGAGGAAAAUUUUACCA